AUGUCUUGCAGCAGCAGCGCCCACCCCAAGGAGGAGCCGCCUCACAGCCAUUACCGGGGCUUCGCCCCAGGGCAGCAGCUGCUGGACCCAGGAAUUUCCCCACCCAAGCCUGGAGGCCCCUCCUUCUACCUCUGCCCCCGGAGAAUAAGGGUGGGCCCAGGCCUGAAGUGGAAAGAUUCCCGUGGGAGAGGAGAGGGCCUAGCAAGCUCUGAACUGAUAACAACUUUUGAAAUACAAAUGGAAGGCCAAGUUGAUGUCUCGGCGGCCAUGGCGCUAGUGCCGAGCAAAGAAGGUGGAGAUGAGGAGCAGGAGGGUGGAUUCACCAUCGAUAUCAAAAGCUUUCUCAAACCUGGCGAGAAGAGCUACACGCAGCGCUGCCGGCUUUUCGUGGGGAAUCUGCCGACUGAUAUCACCGAGGAGGAUUUCAAGCGCCUCUUCGAGCGCUAUGGGGAGCCCAGCGAAGUCUUCAUCAAUCGGGACCGUGGCUUUGGCUUCAUUCGCCUGGAAUCUAGGACACUGGCUGAAAUAGCAAAGGCUGAACUUGAUGGUACUAUUUUGAAGAGCAGACCACUUCGAAUUCGAUUUGCUACACAUGGAGCUGCCCUAACAGUCAAGAAUCUUUCACCUGUGGUUUCUAAUGAGCUGCUGGAACAAGCAUUCUCUCAAUUUGGGCCAGUGGAAAGAGCUGUUGUUGUAGUAGAUGAUCGUGGCAGAGCUACAGGAAAAGGUUUCGUAGAGUUUGCAGCAAAACCUCCAGCACGGAAAGCUCUAGAAAGGUGCAGUGAUGGAGCAUUCUUGCUAACAACAACACCUCGACCUGUUGUUGUGGAACCAAUGGAGCAAUUUGAUGAUGAAGAUGGACUCCCAGAGAAGCUAAUGCAAAAAACACAACAGUAUCACAAGUAAUCAGAAUGACCUCCACAUUUUGCUCAGCCUGGAACAUUUGAGUUUGAGUAUGCUUCACGGUGGAAGGCUCUUGAUGAGAUGGAAAAGCAACAGCGUGAACAGGUUGACAGGAACAUUAGAGAAGCCAAAGAGAAACUAGAGGCAGAAAUGGAAGCAGCUAGACAUGAGCAUCAGCUAAUGCUGAUGAGGCAAGAUCUCAUGAGACGUCAGGAAGAGUUGAGGCGUUUGGAAGAACUUCGAAAUCAAGAACUUCAAAAACGCAAGCAGAUACAAUUGAGACAUGAAGAAGAGCAUCGGCGUCGUGAAGAAGAGAUGCUACGCCAGAGGGAGCAGGAGGAAUUACGACGGCAGCAGGAGGGAGGAUUUAAGCCAAAUUUCAUGGAUAAUAGAGAACAGGAAAUGAGAAUGGGUGAUAUGGGUCCUCGUGGAGCAAUAAACAUGGGAGAUGCGUUUAGCCCAGCACCUGCUGGUAACCAAGGCCCUCCUCCAAUGAUGGGUAUGAAUAUGAACAACAGAGGAACUAUACCUGGCCCUGCAAUGGGUCCUGGUCCUUCCAUGGGACCAGAAGGAGCAGCAAAUAUGGGAACACCAAUGAUGCCAGAUAAUGGAACAGUGCAUAAUGAGAGAUUCCCUCAAGGAGGUCCAUCACAGAUGGGUUCACCUCUGGUUAGUAGAACGGGCUCUGAAACUCCUCAGCCGCCAAUGAGUGGUGUAGGUGCCGUGAGUGGUGGACCUGGUGGCUUUGGUAGAGGAAACCCAGGGGGCAACUUUGAAGGACCUAACAAGCGUCGCAGAUACUAAAACUUAUUUCAUUCCUUACUGUUUAGAAAUUACAGUAAAAAUAUACAGUGAUAUGCCUUUAUAAUUUUAGCUGUUAUCUGGAAACGGUUUUAUUGUUAUUGUAGUCUUUAAAACAGUUUCUUUUGUAAAACUUUUUUUUUGUAUUCAGUCGUAGGCUUUGUAGUAUAGAGGAGAAAUUAUGCAGAUCAUUAUGUAAGGCAAUGUGUUUGUGACUCUAGCAAAAUACCAUGUGUGACUAUGCUGUAAAACAUGCAGUUAUCUGAUUAAAAUAAAAUACAAAAAUAACCAGAAAG